AUGAAUAUAUCUGAAAUAGUUGAUUGGUAUAUAAAAUAGUUAAUAUAGGAUUCUUUUGCAUCCAAUAUAAUAUCCAGGCAGACAUAAUUAUCAAUAAUAGAGAACAUUAUCAAUUUAUAGAGAUCUAACAACAAAAGAUUAAUUUCUUUUGGUAAUUAAUUCAAUAAAAGAAUUGUUGUAAGAUUGUUACAGCAAAGGUAAUUCUUUACAUAUUCAUAAUUUUGGGACAUUCAGUUUUGAAUUGAUAUGUCCAACAUCAGAAGCAAUUCCAAUAAAAUAAACAACAUAAUUAAAAUAAUUACCAAAAUCAUAUUAGAAUAUUAGACCUUGCUUUAUAGUUGAUCCAUACUUAUAAAAAUAAUUAUCUCGCUAUUUAUAAAAGGAUGAAAUUAAUAAGAGUAAAGGAUUGGGAAGUAUUUAUAAUCAAGGACAUGCGACACAAUUUUGUAAUCCAUAAACACUCUCGAAUAUGUGUUAUAUUGAUAAAUUAACAAUUGAAUCAAUUCUCAAGAUAUUUAUAUAAGCAAUUAAUGAUUUAAUAAGACUAGGACAUGAUGUAAAUUUAGAUUUAGGAUUGAGUAUUAUUCUCGUUAAGAAUAAAAAUUUGAAAUAUAUGUUUGAUGAAAAGUUUGUAAAUUUUAUGAAUCAACCUGAAUUUACAGAUAAUGUAUAGAAAUAAUCAAUAUUUUUUAGUUUUUAAAGUCUAAACCAAUAACAUGUCAAUUUUGGAAAUAAGAUAAAUCAAUUAAAGAUAAGAAUCUAAAUGAAAUUUAUUUUGCACCUUGUUCCCCAUAUAGUUUAGUGACUAAUUAGAAAACUAAGAAUUUGAUGAAUAUAAAAGAUAUGACAUCUGUAUAAAAAUGAUUAAUUAAAUUAUGGAUUCAUAAAUAAUAUUUUUUUGAUAAUCAGCAAUAGUAGAUUGGAAAAAAAGAAAUUAAAUUAAUAAGAAGUUUUAUUUUUAGGCGUUGGAGGUAUAGGUUCUGUAGCAAUAAUUAAUUUACUAAGUUUAGAAGCCAAAAAAGAUCAUAAUUGUAGAUUAUGAUCAUUUUGAACUUUAUAACUUAACUUAAAUGGAUAGACACUACUUCAUAGUAAAGAUAUUAAUCAUUAAGAAGUCAAAACAGCUUUUAAAAUGCUAAAUUUCCUAAUUUAGGAAAUGCUAAAGUUUAAAUGUUUGAUUUAGAUGCUGACUAAAACUGGGAUAAGAUUGUUGAAUUAGCAUAUUAAUCUAGAGUAUUCUUAAUUAUAUUGAAUAUUGUGAUUAUUGGGAAGCUGAGUAUAAAGUUUAUUUCUUUAUUACAAUAUUCAAAAUAUUAGAAUUAGCAGUUUCGCUUAAUCUUUUAUAACUAAUAUAUUUUAGGAACACCUUACUUAUUAUGA